CUACCAUCUUCACUAGGGACUUCUUGACUUAUGUCUCGUUUCGUGAGGGCUUCCAAGUACCGCCAUGUCUUCGGACAACCAGCCAAGAAGGAACACGGCCUGGACAACAUCAAAGUGUCUAACAGUGCUUGGGACACCAAUCUCAUCGCGGCCUCGGGCAAAUAUAUCAGUGUCAAUUGGAAUGCCUCCGGAGGUGGUGCUUUCGCCAUCUUACCUGCCCCUUCCCCAUUCAAUGCCACGAGCAACAUCCCUUUCAAAGUCCCCGACAUUAUCCCCCUAGCGCGCAGCCAUACCGCCGCCGUUCUCGACACCGACUGGUCGCCUCACAACGACGAAACUGUUGCCUCUGCCGGUGAGGAUGGAAAGGUGAUGAUCUGGAAGGUGGAGCCGCAGGCGUUCGAGGACUGGGGCGCCGAUGGCUGGGAACCACGCGAUUUCGACCCCGUCCUGCGCAUCGACGCGUCCCCGCGCAAGGUUGGCCAGGUGCUCUGGCACCCGACCGCCCAACACGUGCUCGCCAGCGCCUCUGGCGAUCACAUCGUCAAGCUAUGGGAUCUCGGGUCGCCCGAGUCACCGAGAUCAUCGCUGACGGGCCAUGGGGACGCAAUACAGAGUCUCGCGUUCAACCCGACCGGACAGUUGCUCGUUACUACGUGCAGAGACCGGAAGCUGCGCUUGUUCGAUCCGCGCACGGGUGGCGACGCGGUUAGGACGGUGGAUGGGCACGGCGGUAUCAAGGGCGCGCGCGUCACUUGGAUGGGAGACAGAGAUCGGAUUGCGACCACAGGCUUCAGCAGGAUGAGCGACCGACAGGUCGGGAUCUGGGAGACGGGUGGAUUGGGCAAUCUCAAGACGAUCACGCUUGAUCAGUCUGCGGGCGUGGUGAUGCCAUUCUGGAGCGACAACAACAUCCUCUUCCUCGCUGGCAAGGGCGACGGGAAUAUUCGCUAUUUCGAGUAUGAGAAUGACAACUUAUACGCGUUGGCCGAGCACAAAUCCAGCGAUCCCCAGCGCGGGAUGUGCUUCCUCCCACGUCUCUCCUUGAACACCUCCGAGUGCGAGAUUGCCCGCGCGUACAAAAUCACGGCUUCAGGGAUUGAGCCCAUCGCCUUCAUUGUCCCGCGGAAAGCCGACUCUUUCCAAUCAGACAUCUUCCCGCCAGCCCCGUCCGCAAACCCCGCGCUCACGGCGGGCGAGUUCUUCUCCGGCAAGACCGCCUCGCUGAAGUAUGUCAGCCUCGAGGACGGCGCAGCCGCAGCCGCGCCCUCACCCCAGAUCGCGCCUUCGUCUCCUGCAGUGGCGACCCCAACAAAAACAUACUCUACGCCCCAGCCCCAGCCCGAACCGGCACCUGCGCCGGCUCGCAAGUCGCCCGAACCUGUGCGCGUGCCCACGCCCGAACCUACCACCCCCGCCAUUACAUCUCCCGCCCCCUCCAAGACCCCACCGCGCUCGCAAUCCACACAUGACGACUCGAGCGCCGUGCGAGAGGAGAACAGCCGGCUGAACGCCGAGCUGCGCGAGGCGCGCUCGCAGAUCCGGAACUUGGAGCUGCAGGUGGAGAGCAUGAAGGCGAACGCGCGCAAGGCGGCGGAGGCGUUGAUGAAUCAUUAAACGAGGUGUCGAAAGCAUGGACUUUACGAAGUGUUGUUUUAGUGUUGCAGACUGCUUUAUACCAGCGAUCUAGGUUGUGAAUU